AUGGAAGUGAUUCGAAAAAUUCGAGUCAACCUGAAAACAGCACAGGAUCGACAAAAAUCAUAUGCCGACCAGAGAAGACGGGACUUCACCCUUGAAGUUGGAGAUCAAGCAUUCCUUCGAGUUCAGGCCAUGCGAGGACACGCUAGGUUUGGACAGGGCGGCAACCUGAAACCGCGAUAUAUUGGACCAUAUCCUGUGAUUGGGAAGGUAGGCGCUGUAGCAUAUCGACUCAGGUUGCCUUCAGAGCUAGGCAAUAUCAACGAUGUAUUCCAUGUGUCGAUGCUACAGAGAUACGUAGCAAAUCCUUCCCAUGUGCUACAACCUCAGGAGUUAGAAUUCACGAAUGCUACACGUUUUCGAGACGAACCGCUACAGAUAAUGGACCGAAAGGUUAAGAAGCUGAGGACGAAGGAGGUGCCAUUGGUGAAGGUAUUGUGGAGAAGCCAAGGGGUCUCAGACAUGACUUGGGAAUUCGAAGAAGAGAUGCGUAGCAACUAUCUCUAUCUUUUCACUUGA